AUGUCCAAUUUCAUGCACAAAGUCAAAGACGCCAUGACCGAUCGCGACGAGAGAGACCCCCGGAACACCUACAGCUCCAACCCCACGAACCAAAGCCAAACCUCAAAGCCUUAUAACUCUUCCAGCAUGGAGACUCGAACCUCACGUCCAUCCAACACCAACACCAUGGGCAAUACUGGCUCUGGCUUCGGCGGUGAUUCAUACGGAUCAAACACUAUGCGUGGUAGCGGUUCAGGAGAUGUCAACGCCGGACCGCACGAUUCCAAGUUUGCGAACAAAAUGGAUCCGCGCGUCGAUAGUGACCGGGAUAACCGAGGCAACUACGACGACUCCGGUUUCGGUGGUGAUUCUUAUGGAUCGAACACCAUGCGCGGCAGUGGUGGUUCAGGCAAUAUCAACGCCGGUCCCCACGAAUCGAAGACCGCCAACAAGCUAGACCCGCGCGUAGAUAGUGACCAAGAUAACCGGGGUAAUCCGAACAAACCCACGAAUCCAUUCCAAUCCCAGCCCAGUCAGGGAUACCAGGGCUCCCAGAGCUCCCAGGGCGCACCCUCCUUCAACUCCGCGAGUAACAUGAGCAACACGGGCACAGGCAUGGGACAGCCGCCCCUCGCCGCGGACAAUCAUGUAUCAAGUGAAGAGAACUAUUCUAGUUCCACACAGGAGCACAAGUCUCGCUCACAGACUUCGCAUGCUGCUCCUUGUCAGGAUCCUCAAAUAGGUAGUCAGAUGGGCAGUCAGAUGGGUAGCCAGAUGGGAGGGCCGAUGGGUAGCCAGAUGGGAGGGCCGAUGGGUAGCCAGAUGGGAGGUCCGAUGGGUAGCCAGAUGGGAGGUUCGAUGGGUGGCCAGAUGGGACAGCAGUUUGGUGGUAAUGCUGCGGGUGGAAGUAGCUAUAACCAAGGCGAUACUAUGGGUAGACAGCUUGGAGGUCAGGGUAACGUAAAUAAGCUUGGGACUGGAAUGAAUGAGCAGCAGCAGCAGCAGCAGGGCCAGGGGAUGGGCAAUCAGCGCGGGUAUUAG